UAGAUAUCUAUUUCUGUCCCACAUCAGAUACAGACUGCUGCUGGAGGAAUUGGUGAAAAAAAAUUGCUGCUACUGACAAGUAUUCAAUUCAAAAGCAUGCACUCCUUUGAGAACAGCUUUGUCAGAGGACCGUCACCAUCUUACUCGGAUGAUGCCAACUCGGAGCAGGCAUUGUCAGUGACAUUACCUAUUGGAGGAGCUGGAGUUGAUUUUGAUUUUUGUCGUGACGAUUCGAAAACCGACACGGUGGACUAUUUCGAUGAGAAGUUCAACAGCGACAGUUGCUCGCACUUACAUCCAGGGCGACAGGGUCGCAAUACCUUUGCCUUCUGGACAAUAGUGAUAAUUUUGCUUGCCCUGACUGUGGGCAAUAUGAUUCUGACACUGACCAUUGUUGGAGUUCUGCGGCUGGGCAAAGGUGUCCAUGGAAUGGAAGUCAUACCAGAGGUGGAUGUUAUUAAAUUUUAUGGCACCACCGACAUGGAGAAGGUAUAUACACAUUCGAUUGGUCAGAUUCAUGGCUUCACGGAUGUCCCAGUGUCAAUCAGCAGCGAUGCUGUCGAGAACGCAGAUGGAGUUGAAGACGGCUUACACGAAGAGAGCAGCGCAAACGAGGUACAUGUGCGCGUUUUCCGUAAUGGAAAUGGCAAUGGACCAGCACAAGAACGUGAUCGCAUUGUUAUCAAUAAGGAGGGCAUUGUCAUUCAGGCAACAAAUCUGUUUGAAGUCAAGGAUCCAACUGAUCGGCAACCAGUCUUCACGACCCAUCGUCCUCAAUACAAUAUACCAGCUGGUGUAAAUGUUUUACAGGCUAAGGCUGUUAGUGCCAGCGGCAUUUCCAGUCCUUUGGAUCAGCCAUUAUCCAUUGAGAGUGACGGUCGGUUGGCCAUCAAAGGAUCUGAGGGUGCACACAUGGAUGGAGCCAACAUUCAGGUGCAAGCCGAGCAUCAUGUAUCCAUUAACUCAUCACAGGGAGCUACCAUACUGGAGGCUGGAGGAGGUAUUUUCUUGGAUAUGGAGCGCAUACCGAUCAUUAGCUCCGAACUGGGACUACGUACUGGCAGUGUUCAAUACAAGAUUUGCGUCUGCAUGCCUCAGGGAAAUCUAUUCCGCAUUGCCAUUCCACGCGUGCACAAUGGCCCCAAAAUAUCCUGUGCCCACUUUAGUGGUCAUGAUGACCCCUGUGAGAUCAACUAAGCAAAUUAAAAAAAUAAAGAAAACACAGUCAAUUGUUGAUCAUCAUAUGCCUAA